GUCAUAUAAUACCUAUUUUAUCCUUUGUAAAUGAAUUAGACGUGGAUAUAGCACUUAUAUGCAUGCAUGCUCAAUAAUAUUAGCUUUAUGUGGAUUUUUUGAAUAAAGAGUGAAUCUUGAGUCAUGGAGUUCUUCAAGAACCAUGGCUAAUGGACUUGUUAAAUUUUGCAGAUCUUCGUAAGAGACAUAGUCAAGAAUUAGAAAAUUUGACAUUGACAACACGGCCUUUUAAAACAUUAAGGCUUUUCAUUCUGGCUAUCUUUGAAUAUUUCAAGCAAUCAAUAUUUUAUCUUUUUGCAACGGGCGGUUGGCUUUUGCUUUUCAACACACUAUUAGCAACUCUUGGAAUUUUGCUUGUGACCAUUGAAGGUCCUCAUGAAAAGCAUGUAGAGGAAGUUUCUCGGUAUGUUCGGUUUGGAUUAUGGUGGAUUGUACUUGGAGUUGCAUCAUCAAUUGGUCUUGGAUCUGGUUUGCACACUUUUGUUCUUUAUUUGGGUCCUCAUAUUGCCUUCUUUACAAUAAAAGCUAUGCAAUGUGGACGAAUAGACCUGAAAAGUGCUCCUUAUGAUACGAUACAAUUGAAGAGCGGUCCUUCAUGGCUGGACAAAUCUUGCGGAGAGUUUGGGCCCCCAUUGUUUUCAUCAUCACAGGGGUCAAGGGUUCCCAUCAGCAGCAUAUUACCUCAGGUGCAAAUGGAAGCUAUCUUAUGGGGUCUUGGGACUGCACUUGGGGAGCUUCCUCCUUACUUCAUCUCAAGGGCAGCUAGUCUAUCAGGCGGCAAAUUUAAUGCUAUGGAAGAAUUGGAUGCUUCCUCAAGUAAGGAUAAUGGAGUCAUAGCUACCCGCCUGAACCAGAUCAAACGUUGGUUGUUAUCCCAUUCCCAACACAUGAACUUCUUCACCAUUUUAGUGCUUGCCUCGGUCCCGAAUCCUUUAUUUGACCUUGCUGGCAUCAUGUGUGGACAAUUUGGGAUUCCGUUUUGGAAGUUCUUUCUUGCAACUUUGGUUGGGAAGGCAAUUAUUAAAACUCACAUACAGACGGUUUUUAUUAUCUCUGUCUGUAAUAAUCAACUUCUGGACUGGAUAGAGAAUGAACUGAUCUGGGUUCUCAGUAGCCUCAUUCCUGGAUUUGAUUCUUACUUGCCCACACUCACAGAAAAACUUCAUGCCGUUAAGGAAAAGUACUUAUCUGCCCCACAUCCUGUCCCUUCAAAUGCCAAGAAGUGGGAUUUUUCAUUUGCUUCGAUCUGGAACACUAUUGUGUGGCUUAUGCUUAUGAACUUCUUUGUGAAGAUUGUCAAUGCGACUGCUCAGGACCAUCUGAAAAGGCAGCAAGAUAAGCAGCUUGCAAAGAAGGUAUCUGCUUCGAGACAUUAAGCUUACGAAUUUAUGAAGCGGGUAUACUGGCAUUCGGUCAUCGUUUUACUUUAUUAUUCGUUUACGGGUAGUAUUAGUUCACUAUAUGUUACUGCUCUUUCAUAAUUUACCAUUAAAGCAAUUCCCCAACAAACCACUGCACUAGGUAGUGCCCUUUUAGAAGCUUUGUAUAAAGAAAAUAGGAACACAGACAAAU